AAAUGUCGUUCUAUUUGAUUUUUGUUCAAUCGUGUAAUAUAAUUGUAUUUACGGCUCGCUCCGGUGAAAACGCAAACGGGCUUCCGUACAGAGACAGCCGCGCAUGCGCAGUCAGCGCAGAACCGUCUCGUGUCAGAUGUGGAAGAGUUCAGUGUCAGUUUGUGAUCAUAAUUCAUAAUAAUCAAUCAUGAAGAGCAGGUUUAAUACGGUGGACAUUAGGGCAGUGAUUGCAGAAAUCAAUGCGAACUGCGUCGGGAUGAGAGUCAACAACAUCUAUGACAUCGACACUAAAACAUACCUGAUCAGGCUGCAGAAGCCGGACUGUAAGUCGGUGCUGUUGAUCGAGUCUGGCAUCAGGAUCCACUGCACUGAGUUUGACUGGCCCAAGAACAUGAUGCCGUCCGGAUUCGCCAUGAAAUGCCGCAAGCAUCUGAAGUCCAGGCGUCUGGUUCAUGUGAAGCAGCUCGGUGUGGACAGAAUCGUGGACAUUCAGUUCGGAUCGGACGAGGCGGCGUAUCACCUGAUCCUGGAGCUGUACGACCGCGGGAACAUCAUCCUGACGGACCAUCAGUUCAUGAUCCUCAAUCUUCUGCGCUUCCGCACCGCUGAGGCCGAGGACGUGAAGAUCGCUGUGAGGGAGCGCUAUCCGGUGGAGAACGCUCGGCCGCAGGAGCCACUCAUCAGCCUGGACAGACUCACGGAGAUCUUGACUGAAGCUCAGAGCGGAGAGCAAGUGAAGCGGGUUCUGAAUCCUCAUCUGCCGUACGGCGGGCCGCUCAUCGAACACUGUCUCGCGGCGCUCGGGUUGCCAGGUCUCUGUAAGCUGGACGGUCAGUCUGACGUGACGCAGGUAAGUCCGAGGAUCCUGGAGGCCUUGCAGAUGGCUGAAGAUUAUAUGGAGAAAACGGCCAACUUCAGCGGAAAGGGCUUCAUCAUUCAGAAGAGCGAGAAGAAGCCCAGCAUGAGUCCAGACGAAGCCGAGGAAGAGCUGCUGACAUAUGAAGAAUUUCAUCCAUUUCUCUUCUGUCAACAUGAAAAAAGCUGCCAUGUUGAGUUUGAGUCUUUUAACAAGGCGGUCGACGAGUUCUUCUCGAAGAUGGAGAGUCAGAAGCUGGACGUGAAGGCGCUGCAGCAGGAGAAGCACGCGAUGAAGAAGCUGGAGAACGUCAGACGCGAUCACGAGCAGCGGCUGGAGGCGCUUCAUCAGGCUCAGGAGGUGGACCGGCUGAAGGGCGAGCUGGUGGAGAUGAAUCUUCACAUCGUGGACCGAGCUCUUCAGGUGGUGCGCAGCGCUCUGGCCAAUCAGGUGGACUGGGCCGAGAUCGGUCAGAUCGUGAAGGAAGCUCAGGCGGCCGGAGAUCCUGUGGCCUGCGCCAUCAAAGAGCUGAAGCUGCAGAGCAACCACAUCACCAUGCUGCUGAAAAACCCCUACAGCGGCCCGGAGGACGGAGAGGCGGAGGACACGGACGCCAGGAAGCCUGCGGAGGCCUCGGAGGCGCAGAAGGGGAAAAAGGGUAAGAACAAAGAUAAAGGACAGAAAGGGAAAGUCGAGAAGGACAAACCGGUUCUGGUGGACGUCGAUCUGAAUCUCUCCGCUUACGCCAACGCAAAGAAGUAUUACGACAGCAAGAGAAGCGCGGCCAAGAAAGAGCAGAAGACCGUGGAAGCGGCGCAGAAGGCCUUCAAAUCUGCUGAGAAAAAGACCAAACAAACACUGAAAGAAGUGCAGACGGUGACCAGCAUCCAGAAGGCCAGGAAGGUGUACUGGUUUGAGAAGUUCCUGUGGUUCGUCAGCUCAGAGAACUAUCUGAUCAUCGCCGGACGAGACCAGCAGCAGAACGAGAUGAUCGUCAAGCGCUACCUGAGAGCAGGAGACGUUUACGUUCACGCCGAUCUGCACGGAGCCACGAGCUGCGUGAUCAAGAACCCGUCCGGCGAGGCGGUUCCUCCGCGGACGCUCACCGAGGCCGGGACGAUGUCCGUGUGCUACAGCGCGGCGUGGGACGCUAAAGUGGUCACCAGCGCCUGGUGGGUUCACCAUCAUCAGGUGUCCAAAACCGCUCCGACGGGAGAGUAUCUGACCACCGGCAGCUUCAUGAUCAGAGGAAAGAAGAACUUUCUGCCCCCUUCAUAUCUGAUCAUGGGCUUCGGGUUUCUGUUCAAGGUGGAUGAUCAGAGUGUUUUCAGACAUCGUGGAGAGAGGAAGAUGAAGACGCUGGAUGAGGAAGAGGAGGACGUGACCUCCAGCACUGCAGAUCUUCUGGAGGAAGGAGAAGAACUCUUAGGUGUCCGCUCACAAACACCUCCAUCGGUCUCCUCUGAUUCUGCAGCCUUCUGUCAGAUGACCAGCGGUCUGUUCUGUGUUUGUGUCUCAGAGGAGGACAGCGAGGACGAGGCUGAGGAGCCGCAGGAGUCCAGCAGAUCGCCGGACGUCAGAGAGGACGAGGAAGAGCCAGAUGAGGAAGAUCAGAGCUCCGAGAUCAGCUUUCCAGACACCAGCAUCUCUCUGUCACACCUGCAGCCCAACAGGACUCUUCAGAGCGACGCCUUCAAACAGGACGACUCCCGGCAGGUGAACACGGACACGCAAGCCAAGAAGCACCUGACGGCCAGACAGCGCAGAGACAUGAAGAAGCAGCAGAAACCGGAGGACGCAGACGAUCCGGACGAGUCCGACUCCAAACCGCCGGAAGCUCCGAGCGUGCCGCAGACGUGUAAGAACGGAGCGGCCAAUCAGCCGCUGAAGAGAGGACAGAAGAACAAACUGAAGAAGAUGAAGGACAAAUACAAAGAUCAGGAUGAAGAGGACCGAGAGUUGAUGAUGAAGUUAUUGGGGUCUGCAGGAUCCAGUAAAGAGGAAAAAGGAAAGAAGGGCAAGAAAGGAAAAGUGAAAGAAGAACCGCUAAAGAAACCUCAGCCUCCUCAGAAAGCAGCCGUGAAGCCCAAAGCUGAAACCACCGUCUGGAAGAACGAAGAUGCGGAAGCUGCUGAAGAUCCUGCGGGAGAUCAAGACGUGAAGGAGACGGAGGAGCUGGACAAUCCUGCUGCUGAGGAGGCUGAGAACGUUCUGGACUCGUUGACCGGUCUGCCUCAUCCGGACGACGUCUUGAUGUUCGCGGUGCCGGUUUGUGCUCCUUACAUGGCGCUCUCCAACUACAAGUACAAAGUGAAGUUAACUCCAGGGACCCAGAAGAAGGGGAAAGCGGCCCGCACCGCCGUGCUGAGCUUCAUGCGCGGGAGAGACGCCAGCGCUCGAGAGAAGGAUCUCUUCAGGAGCGUGAAGGACACGGAUCUGUCCAGAAACAUGCCUGGGAAGGUCAAGGUCUCCGCACCAAACCUGUUAGCAGCAAAGAAGAAGUGAAGCUCCGGAGGGACACCGAGCACAUCCCAUAAUGCUUUUAAUUGUCUUAUGAAACACUGAAUAUUUACGUUAUAAAACAGAAAACAGUAUAAGCAGUUUUUUUUUUUCUCAAGCAAAUAUUUUUCUCUUAUCGAUAAAUAAAUAAAAAUAACAAUAUAAGUGUAAAUUUUCUACCAUUUAUUUUCCAUGUUGGAAAAAAAAAAGUGAUAUGAAACAAUACAAAAUUUUGGCUUUUUGUACAAAUCUGCAUCAGAAGAUCAGGAUUAGAGCUGUGACGGAUCAUGAGUUAGUUUGUUAGAUGAAGGUCUCUUCCCUUCACUCCCUGCUGCUGUGUUUGUACACAAUUAGGAAACUGUAACACUGUGGCAACAAAAAAAAGAGCAUUGACCAGUGUUUGACGUUUUUAAUGCAGAUGUGUUAUUAAUGUAGUUGAAAAUGCUGAAAUAAAAUCAGGCAUUGUU